GAGUCGUCACAGGCGAGUAUGAACCCGUAAUAAGAAACAAGAACUUAAGAAAUAAGAAACACCACUGCUGCAGCAAAAGACAGAGAAACGGUAAGCUGUAAAGAAAUUCCACUUGACGAAGAAUACUGAAGCGAAAGGAGAGGAUCCAAGAGAAAGUCUUUUAGCAAACUGGAAUUAUAAAAGCAACGCUAAAAGUUUUAAUUCCGCCCGGAGGGGGGCGAGAUCUCAGCAACCCUUCAGACGGGUGGCAUCGCUCGGAUCUUUACCUGAAAGCAGUCAACGAGAGCUUGGAGGCUGGAAAAAUGUCGAGGACGUUUUCCCAAUUGUUGAGGAGCACCGUCGCCCGCUGCUGUCUUCUCUUAGUCCUUGUCAGCUCGACUGCUUUAUACUUCAGACAUGUUUUAGACAUCGCGGACAUCCUGCCGGCGGCCGAGGAGAAGCUUCUGAGACAGAGAAUCAAUUUAGACCACACGCUUAACUUCGGGGCCAGACCGCUUGUUCAAACAAUGUCACCUUGGAAAGCUCCUAUCUUGUGGGAAGGGAUGUUCGACCCAGAUCUCUAUGAUCAAAAGCACAUCCAAAAUGAGUCAUCCGUGGCCCUCACCGUGUUUGCCGUGGGAAGGUACCUUGAUGCCUACCUCAACACCUUCCUUACCUCUGCAGAGAAACAUUUCAUGCUGGGAUUACAAGUGACAUAUUACGUGUUCACGGACCAACCGGAGAAGGUGCCCACCAUCAAGUUCGGUCCUCGCCGCAGCCUGAAGGUCAUCCAGGUACAGAAGUACUCCAGGUGGCAGGACAUCUCUAUGAUGCGCAUGAAAAUGAUAUCGGACGCCAUAGAAUCAGAGAUACACCACAACUGCAAUUAUAUCUUCUGUUUUGACGUGGAUCAGGUGUUUAAAGGCAGAUUCGGCUCAGAGGCUCUGGGGGAUUCUGUGGCCUUGUUACACGCGUGGUAUUACAAACGUCCAAAGCAAAGCUUCACCUAUGACAGAAACCCCAAAUCCAAAGCAUUCAUGGAAACCGGAGACUACUACUAUCACGCUGCAAUCUUUGGAGGUGUGCUGGAACAUGUGAAGGAUUUGGCAGAUUACUGCUUUCUGAACAUAAUGGAGGACAAACUAAACAAUGUGGAGGCGUUGUGGCAUGACGAAAGUCAUCUAAACAAGUACUUCUGGCUUCACAAACCCAGCAGGCUGAUCUCCCCUGAGUACUGCUGGGACCCGGUUAUUGCAGAAAACCAGGACAUAAACGUCACCCGCCUGGUAUGGGCUUCGAAGAACUACAAAGAACUUCGUACUCGUUAGAAUUUGCUUGAAGAAACACUAAAUGGAAUUUUAUAUUUUAAAUUUAGGAAAAGUCUAACAUUGUUUACCGUGAGCUUUGAAUUGGAUUCUUUCUAUGAAAGUAGGACACUGGAAUAAACUUUGCUCCUAGGUUUUCUAAAAUUGAAAUACCGUUAAUGCCGACAAAAGAUAUAUUGUUGUGAGCAGUACUACUAUCUGCCACCAGCUGGGCAGUUACAGAGGAAGUAGCAGAAUACAGAGCUUAACAUUGAGAGUAUAAAACAAUAUUCUUUUUUGUAAACUCCUGUGACAACCGCUUUCUUUCUGAUUGCCAGCAGGGGGCGACUCCUUUUAUUAAAAAAUAUAUAAAAAUUGUUGUUAAAUAUUUGGACAUAUUUGGCUUAAAACUGUAGUCUUAAAAACUGAUGGAUAUCCUCAUUCCCUGCAUCCACUUCUGUACUGUACAUUGAGACAGACUGCUAAUUCUAAGAAAAGGAAAAGACAAAUAUUCUAACGAAAACAUAUAUGUUUAAAUUGUCAACAGCAAUCUAAUCAAAAUGAAAGUCACAUUAUCAAAAUAAGCAGAGAUGGGCAGUAUUUCUAUGACAUGUAUUUUAAAUACGUAUAUCACGUGGUUUGUAACAAAGUACUUUAGAGCAGUGAUGUAGUCUACGUGAUACACAACAAAAUGAUACGUAUCAACACCGCUGUGACAGAACGUUCAGUCGAUGCUAUUGAUUAAAGAAACAACAAACUAAAUUUGUAUUUAACCCUCUCGGUACCUUCAAAUUUACCAACACCUUUUACCCUUGGGGUCAAUUAGACCCCAGCAAUGUAAACACCCGGAAAAUGAUCAUAAUGUUUUCCUCAGGUUUAUGUAUUAGGAACUGCCAUAUACUUUUCACCCUACAAUACCGACGGCCUUUAGCUUCAUGCUGUACUCAUGGAUUCUGAGCUGACCCUCCCAGUUGCCGUCCAAUGUCCAAGCUCCUCCCUGAAGGCCAGCUCCCCAAAAUGUAAAUGCAGCUUUGACGUCAACGUCAUGCUCCAUCAAAUGCGUUGAGUGAAUGAGUUGUAAUGUCCCCAAACAUACCUGGGUAGCUGUUAACAAGGGCAAACAACAUGUUCCUCGGCCAAGAGCCCAAACUCUCUAAGUUUCCCCGUCAUCCUCAUGCACGGUCCAAUCAAGUCACCCCUCCCUGGUGCAGAAGGCUGUGACCCACCAGCGUAAUAAUACUUUGAAAGAUUUACAUGGCAAACUUGAGUUUUCUUCUUACGCUUUGGUGUUGACAACAAAUAGUUCUGCUCAGAAACCUGACCCAAAACUAUGAACGGGCCAUGAAAUCGUCACAGAUAAAUCAUUAUCAUGAACAUACAGGCUUUAUCGAGACGUCUCAGCAUCUAACCUCGCAUUGUAUUACAAGUUUUGCUGUAUCUACUCAAUGUGAAGGUCAUGAAGCCAUAUGAGUUAGCUAGGCUAUGACAGUGGGUGACCAUUUGUAGAAACAAUGAAUAAAUGUAAAUAUCCGAUUUUUUAUGUUUCACUAACAUGGUGUUCAAGAGGCACCAUCGAAAGGUACGGAAGCAACAAAACCUGUGUGUGGAAUCAUGGAGGGGAUUUAGGCUCCUUACCUUUUGUACAACUGGUUUUAAUUCUAUAUUUUGCUAUAUAGUAUACAUAUGCCUAAUGUGUGAUGCUAUUCGUAUGUGAUGGGUUGUUGGGCUUUGUCACAGGGGCUUUUAAGUCUAAUUAAUACAAAUAUACAUAUAUGCACAUCA